AUGACAAAGAAUAUGCUUCUCCUCAGUUUUUUCCUAAUUUUCUUUUUACCUAACAUAAGUUGUAUGCAUUCCUACCCGCAACAUGAUCUUUUCAAAAUUGACUCUGAUAACAUUCAAUCUGCUUUCGAAACAAAUGAAUACUGGCUUGUAAAAUUUUAUGCCCCACAAUGCGUACAUUGCAAACGCAUAUGGAACACGAUAAUAAAUGUAAAACUUGAGAUACAAAAUGAUGAUAAAAAAAAAGUAUACUUUGGAGAAGUUAAUUGCGAUGAUAAGAAAGGUCGUCGCGUUUGUGAUCAAUAUGGCGUUUUAAAAAUACCUCAGUUGAAACUGUUUAAGGGAAGUGAAUUAGUUUCAACCUAUUCAAGCAAUAUGAACAAUGAAAGUUUUAUAAAAAAGUGGAUAUACUAUGUUACAACUCCUGCCUUUUUUGAUGUACAUUCGGAGGAAGAAUUAAAACCGUAUGAAUCGGACAACUUUUUUCUGACUUGUUCAGAAAAUUUAAGCGACAAUUUAAUCAAGGCAGCAAUGCUAUACAAGGAGGAGUGCUAUUUUAUCAACAUCAAGAAUGAGGCACUGUGUACCAAGUUAAAAAUCGAGAAAAACCAUUUACACGUGAAAGGGGAAUAUGAACAUGCCAUCUACAACUUAAAUGAAAUUGACUUAAAACAGUUGAAGUCUUUUAUAAAUAAAAAUAGAUUUCCUUUAGUUAGUAAAGUUGACCAUCACACAUUCUUUAAUUUAAGGAGUAGUGGAAAUAAUUUAAUACUACUUCUCCUGGACAUGGAAAAAGGGUUUAAUGAACACCUAUCCAAAUUUACGCAUUAUGCUAAAAAGCAUAAACAAUUGGAAGAGUUCAUUUUUGCACACAUAGACGGGAAAUACUAUGAAGAAAAUCUAGAGCUGUAUGGCACUGACGCAAGGAAAUACCCCCAAAUCAUUGUGUUUAGCAAACAUCCACGUGAAUAUUAUUUCGAGGAAUAUUUCGACCUAGACCACAUGGAUGACAUAUUAGAAGAUAUUGUGAAGGAAAGGAUCAAACCUAAGACCGAAACAUUUACCAAAUCGAUCAUACUUUGGACCCAGCUAAAAAAGCACAUGAAUUAUAUCAUAGAAAAGGCAUUCAAAACAGACUUCAUUUCCUUCAUAGGAUUCAUCUGUUCUGUCAUUAUGAUAAUACUUACGAGCGUUUUAGUAAUCCAUACAAUUUACAAAUUCGUGAACACACCAUAUGUAGUAUCCAAAGUGGAAGAAAGAAAUAAAAAAGUUAAAUAA